AUGGCGAGCCGGCAACAGUCGCAGCAGCUGCAGGUUCUGACCGCGCUGGAUGGCGCCAAGACGCAGUGGUACCACUUCACGGCGAUCGUCGUCGCCGGUAUGGGCUUCUUUACCGACGCCUACGAUCUCUUCUGCAUCUCCCUCGUCACCAAGCUGCUCGGCCGCAUCUACUACACCGACCCCUCCAGCCCCGACCCGGGCUCGCUGCCGCCCAACGUGGCUGCGGCCGUCAACGGAGUUGCGCUUUGCGGCACCCUUGCUGGUCAGCUCUUCUUCGGCUGGCUCGGUGAUAGGCUCGGCCGGAAGAGCGUCUACGGCAUGACGCUCGUGCUCAUGGUCGUCUGCUCCCUGGCCUCCGGGCUUUCGUUCGGACACACCCCGACCAGCGUUAUGGCCACGCUCUGCUUCUUCCGCUUCUGGCUCGGCUUCGGGAUCGGCGGCGACUACCCCUUGUCGGCGACUAUCAUGUCCGAGUACGCCAACAAGAAGACGCGCGGCGCCUUCAUCGCCGCCGUCUUCGCCAUGCAGGGCUUCGGCAUCCUCGCGGGCGGGAUCGUCACGCUUGUCCUCUCCACGGUGUUCCGCAAUGCGUUCCCAGCGCCGGCGUACCAGGUCAAUGCAGCCACCUCAACCGUGCCCCAGGCCGACUACGUGUGGCGCAUCAUCCUCAUGCUCGGCGCGCUGCCGGCGGUACUGACGUACUACUGGCGGACGAAGAUGCCCGAGACGGCGCGGUACACGGCGCUCGUGGCCGGGAACGCGAAGCAGGCUUCGCUGGAUAUGUCCAAGGUGCUUCAGUCGGAGAUCGAGGCGGAACCGGAAAAGCUCGAGGAGAUCAUCACCAGGGGCAAGGACUACGGCCUCUUCUCGUCGCUGUUCGCGAAGCGCCAUGGCCUCCACCUCGCCGGCACGGCGGCGGCGUGGUUCCUGGUCGAUGUAGCGUACUACAGCCAGAACCUGUUCCAGAAGGACAUCUUCAGCAGCAUCGGCUGGAUCCCCAAGGCGCGCGCCAUGGACGCGCUCGAGGAGGUGUUCCGCAUCUCCCGCGCGCAGACGCUCAUCGCGCUCUGCGGCACCGUGCCGGGCUACUGGUUCACGGUGUUCCUCAUCGACAGGAUCGGCCGCUUCACCAUCCAGCUCGUCGGCUUCGCGGGCAUGACGGCGUUCAUGCUCGGCCUCGCCGUCCCGUAUCACCACUGGACCACGCCGGGCAACCACGUCGGCUUCGUCGUCAUGUACGGGCUCACAUUCUUCUUCGCCAACUUCGGCCCGAACGCGACCACGUUCAUCGUGCCGGCCGAGAUCUUUCCAGCACGGCUCCGGUCCACGUGCCAUGGCAUCUCCGCGGCGGCGGGCAAGGCCGGCGCGAUCAUCGGCGCAUUUGGAUUCCUCUACGCCGCGCAGUCGCCUGACCCAGCGCACGUGGACGCCGGGUACAAGCCAGGGAUCGGCGUGCAGAAGGCCCUGUAUGUGCUCGCCGCGUGCAACCUGUUGGGGUUCUUGGUCACGUUCCUCGUGCCGGAGUCGAAGGGGAAGUCGCUCGAAGAGAUGUCUGGCGAGGCCCACGGCGAGGAAGCCAAUACCAAUACUAUCAACCCCUCGGCAGAUCAGAUGGUUUAA